AUGUCAGCAAUAACCUAUCAAAUAAAUAAAAUAUUAACAGCUGUUGUAAUUGUUUCAUCUGGUGUUGGUAACAUACCAAACUUGACAGAAACAGAAAAACAACAUUUUGAAAGAAUCCAAAAAUUUAAAGAUACUAAAGAAAAAAUAGAGUUACACGCUUACUUCAAAAAGUAUUAUGAAGGGAAGGGGAACGAGCUGAUAAAUAUGGAAACUAUGAGGGAACGAGGCAUCAAAGAUGGCGUAUUAGUUGCAUCUUCAAUUGGACGCUAUUUGCGAGCAAAAAUUGUAUCGACCGAAAUGCAAAAACAAGAAUUGAAUGAAUUAAUCGUUGUGAUUAGGGAUUACUUGGAAAAAUUAGAGCAAUCCGCAGUUGAUAAUGAAACAAUCGUCGAAACUGAUUACGAAGUUAUCGAUAAGCAACAAACCGCUUACGAAAAAGAAAAAGCGGAAUGGCAAAAUUUGCUAGCGGAAUUAGAAAAUAAAUUGGGUUCACUGGGAGUGGAUAAAUCUCAAGUUCAAGAACCAGAUUCUUUUUUUGAUGCUUUGGAACAUCAAGAAUAA